AUGUCCGGAAAUAUAGGGCACAUUAUCAAAGCCAUCCCAGGCCUAUCAGAUAAAAUAGUCGACUUUUUGGAUCGACGAUUAUCCAGGCGGCCAAGCAAACCUAUAGACCGGCAUUCCUUUCAAAUACUCAUUCGACAAUUGUCUAAAACAUACCUUGAAAAUACCGAUCCAUCCAUGUUCCUCGUCGGUAUUGGAAUACGGCUUGCAAUAUCGAGGCAUUUAAUCGCCUCCACGAGAAACUUUGAAGAUAUUUACCGUGUAAUGGAAGUCUUGCAUCACACUAUUAGGGGUGCAGAAGUUUCCGAAUUUUUGGUAACGGGCGUUUUGGUGAAGCUUGCUCAGUAUACUGUGGAGCAGGAAAAUUAUGCUUCGAAAGAGUCUAUGGAGUUCACCAAAAUUCACCUAGCAGAGUUGUGUAUAGCGGAAUCUGCUCCUGUCUGCACGGCCACUGAAUAUAUCUGCAACUAUGGGGAAAGACGGCUUUCCAGAACAUCUCACGAGGUGGCUUGUGGCUUAGUGCUCCCACGGCGAGUCCAUGCAACGUUCUUCUUGCACGACUUAUUCUUCUUGUUGAAAGAGAUCCGCAGAGCCUACUUGGUAUUCUUGGAGGGUGAACAGUCGGGCCUGCAGACGAUACUACUUGGUUUUAUCCAAAGCUUCAUUGAAGUAUUCCGAACCCUGAUAAAGGAAUGGUCAUGUCCAAAACUCGACCCGAUCCAAUUUGGACAAGAAUUUGAGCUAUAUUCACUUUUAGGAGUGGUUACUAUGCUUUUGGACCAUUUACGGAAUGGAAAUACGGAUCUUCUUAGGUGUAUGGAUUUUGCCAUACAAGGUGGCGAUAACGCGUUGUGCGAAAUUAGGAAAGAGCUUCGCAACUCUAUGCGGCGUGGUAACCUCAGCCGUGAAAAGUUACCAUAUGCUGCUGUGGCUUUUGGCCCGUCAUUGGAUCUCUUACAAGAGCAAUUAUUGCGUUUGCAGAAAAAAGCUGGCCUGUCCUGA